CUGUUAUGUGCUACGCCCAGCAGGGUAUUUCAGGCGCCGUGAACGAUUAGUGGAGCACCGAAUGCUAUAUUUUAUACAUUGAAUUAUAGCCACAGAACAUAUUAUACUUAGGGAAUGUUCUGUGGUUACAGCAUAUAACUUUGAAUAUUUUUUCAUUUUAGUUUAUCUAUGGCAUAAGAUGAUACAAGAACAUAGAAAUAAAUAUUAAACCUAAAAUUUGAAAUUUUUCUUAAGAAUUAAAGAAUAAAGAGUUUUAGUGAGGUAUGAUAAUGAAAUAAGUUGAGGAAAAUAAAAUGAAUUGUAUAAUUCCAGGUCCGAAUUUGAAAAUAUUUGCAAAAGCACUUCAAGCUCUGGCAAAGAUUGGAGAUGAUUUAUAUGUUGAUGCAUCUAAAGAGCAUGUUAGUCUUAUAACAUUAAAUUUAAGAAAAACUGUAUGUGUUCAUUUUAAUUUGUUAGAUAUUUUUUUUUCAACUUACGAAGUAGAUAUAACUCAAAUUGCUGAUAAGUCCCAAGGUGUAUCUUGUAAAAUUCAUAUGAAAACUCUACUUCCUUUGUUUAGAGGAACCAAUCUGGAAAAAAAGCUGGAUUAUGUAAAAGUAGAAUAUGAUAAUAAUAGUGAUUUUAUAGUAUUUAAAAUGAAAUAUAAAUAUGAUGAUAUUUUAAUGACUCACCAACUACAUUUAAUAGAACCCGAAUUGCUAACAAUCGAUAUUUCUCCGGAUUCUGGUUGUAAUAAUGUAGUAACAACCAGCACAUUCUUCAAUCAACUUCUAAAUAUGUUUAGUAAUUCAGAUGAUGAGAUUUUAUUUGAAAUUACUAAAGAAAAAGCUGUGAUAAGAAAUUAUUAUGUAGGUGCACCUGUGAAAUCAAAAUCAGUAAGAAGUCAAGUUAGUCCAAAUGGAUCUGAAUUUAGUGUAUUCAGAAUAAAUCUAGAAACUACUAUUAAUUUCUCUUUAAAACCAUUUCGUACUGCAAUACAGUUUGCAGAAGGUUUUAAUUUGAAUAUUUGCCUCAAUUUUGAACAAGGAGGAAAACCUCUUUGUGUUACGAUGAAAAAUCCAACAUUUGAAAUGAAUUUUAUGAUAGCAACAAUAAAUCCUUAUAAUGAAAAUCAAAGUAUAGCAACUUCUUCUAUACCUGCAAGAAUAACGGGGGUGAAUAAUGAUAUUGCAAAUGUAACAGCAGACGAUAGGGAAGUGCUUUUAAAUGAAAAUUGGGAUGAUUUUAGUAUGGAAACUAUUGGUGAAGGAAGAAUAGCAAAUAAAAAGUCCAAAAAAACUUUUCCAUUUAAUGAAUUAUUAGAUAGUACAAAGGAAAACAGAAGAAAUUCAAAUGAUGAAAGAAGUUUAAACGGUUCUUUGAAAAAUUCAGCUGAUAAAGCUGUAUUGAAUACCUUGGAAUCAAACUCGAGGAAAAAAGCCAAAAUUGUUUUUGGAAGAUGUUUUGAAUCAACAUUUUCGAGAGCUCAACUCGGAGAUGUUUUAGUUUCUGAUUCAGAUUCCGAAUAAAAAUUUUCAGAAUCUCAUCAUUUAAUAUCAAGUUUCAACAACUUCGAGUAAAAUCAGAAUAACAUUUGUUUGUAUUAUUAAAUGUAAUACAUCAUUUCUUUAAAAUAUGAGAUUUUUGGGUUCAAAUUAAUUAAUUAUUGUAAGUAAAAUUUUAUUAUUGUUAUACAUUUAUACAUAUUUCUUAUAUUGUAUUUGACCAUAAUUUCAGUCCCAGACGAUGAAUAUAUAAGUAUUCGAAAGCUCGGAAAAUAUACUAGUCUACUUUGGUGUUUCAUUGCCACGUUCCCAAUAAGAAACCACUCAUAUAAAUUUAUUUAAUUUUUUAUUUCUUAGACCUUUUGAUAUUUAAUGCUAGAUGUUCUUGAUUUUAAGUCUCUUCUGUUUUAAAAUAUUUUUUUUCAUUAAUUCUUAAGAGAUUCAUGAAAAAUUGACAACAGCGGUUUCUUAUUGGGAAUGUGGCAAUGAAACACCAAAGUGGACAAACUUUAAUAUAUUUCGAAUACAUAAGUAUUCGAAAGCUCGGAAAAUAUAUUAAAAGUAGUCCA